UUUGCUUCUUAAAAAAGACUAACUCCAUAUGAACAUGGAUUACUGUUCACAGAAAUAUGCCACGUGCAGCAGAAAGUUUGUGAGAGGGAAAUGUUCUGGAGACGACGUCCACCGUUUGUUUUCUUACUGCCCUUUCCCCUUAUAAGACAGAAUAUGUAAGAGAUAAGGUUCUUCAUUUAGAACGGAAAAGAGGGAAAAGUGCGACGUGACGGAGGAAAAGCUCAGUCUACUGUGGAGUCGUUGAUAAAGGACGAGCAGCAGCAGCAGCAGCAGCAGCAGCAGCAGCAGCAGCAGCAGCGUUUCUCUCUGAACAAUGAACAGCAGACAGCAGAGAAUCGGUGGCUUUUUGACGCUCGUUUCCUAUCUGUUGACCUCAUCUCCACCCACUGCAGGUUUAGACCUGAGAUUGGCUGGUUUUGGAGCCACUCGGUGCUCGGGAAGACUGGAAAUCUUUUACAACAAUUCGUGGGGAACCGUGUGUGACGAUGGCUGGGACAUAAAGGAUGCGAGGGUGGUGUGCAGGCAGCUGGCCUGUGGUGCAGCUGUGAGGGCCACUAAAGCCGCCCGCUUUGGUCUCGGGACUGGUCCGAUCUGGCUCGACGACGUCAAAUGUUCAGGACGUGAAAAGUCGCUGGACGACUGUAAGCACAAGCAGUUUGGAAAACAUAACUGCAAACACAGCAAGGACGCUGGCGUCGUCUGUGCGUCUAUCAGAUUAAUUGGCUCCACUAGAUGCUCUGGAAGAGUUGAGGUCUUUCACAGAGACUUGUGGGGAACAGUCUGUGACGACCGCUGGGACUUAAGCGACGCCAUGGUGGUGUGCAGACAGCUGGGCUGUGGAAUAGCCAGGGGCGCCGCUCACUCGGCCCUGUUUGGCGAGGGAGACCGGGUCAUCUGGCUCGAUGAAGUCAACUGCUCAGGAAAUGAAAAUGACAUCACAUCGUGUCGGCACAACGGGUUUAGGGUCCACGACUGUUCAAGCAGAGAAGACGCUGGAGUCGUCUGCUCAGAUAGCCUCCCAAAGUCCAGCAUCUCUGUUGAUCCGAGUAAUCCGGUCUACUUGGGACAGACUGUCAGCAUCAGCUGUUCAGACUCAGCUGUUCUUUCAGGUGGAACAUUUUUCCUGAAGAAGACUCGUUUACACAACGUCACAGAAAUAUUAUCUUCCAGCUCCAGCACGUUCAUCAUCCCUGAUGUGGGCUUCGAUGAUGACGGAUCGUAUCAGUGUCACUAUGAAAUAACCCUUUCAAAUCAAACUUUCACCACCCUCCCAAGUGACCCUGUCAGACUCUCUGUGACUGGGCUCUUCCCCAGUCCUGACAUUUCUAUGCACCCUGCUAGUAACAUCACAUUGGGACAGGAAGUUAACAUCACUUGUGCCAUUGCAACACACAUUAGACUGCUGGGUGGAGUCUUCAUUAUGGUGAAGUCAUCAGAAUCAGUCUUCCAGCAAGAAAUAUCAACAUCCAACUCGACCACAUUCAGGAUAGCCAAGGUGACGGCUGAUGAUGAGGGACGGUACCAGUGUGUGUAUAAGCUAAGAACGUCUCUCUCCACUCCGAGCGCUUUCGUUACGCUGUCACUGGUCUCUGCGGUUUCGUCAGUGGCGUCUCCCGGUGCCUCUUUGCUCGUCCUCAGGAUCUCUGCUGCGAUCCUGCCGCUGCUGCUGCUGCUGCUGCUGCUGGCCGUGAUUCUGCUGGUCUACAGGAGGAAAAGAAGAACCACACAGUCUGGUGGUCUCAUCUUAAGUCAACUGUCUGCCGCAGCAAAGAAAGAUGACAAGGACCACAACUAUGUGAACCUUCAUCAAAGGAGCAUCAACAAGGAGCUGAGAGAGCGAGACGGCGGCGUGGAAGAGAAGGAGACGGACGUUUACGAGCAGCCAGAUGAAGAUCAUUACUAUGACGACGUGGGCAGACAUUCAAACGUCCCAGAGAGUCACAGAAAAGAUGAGGAAGAAGAGAAUCCCUACAUAUCAUUUUAACAGACUGGACAUCUGUUGAGAGACAGGAGUCAAACAAUGUGGGACUGAAAGACAACUGUCUAUAGUGUCCUGGAUGCUGGUGUUUGACAUAAACACACUUAUCUGUGUGACUCACAGUGACAACGUGAAGAAAUGUGAUGAUCUCAGAGCUAAUCCAGCUUCUUUACCCACCAAUUUUCAAUAAACUAAAGGUCUAGGGUGUAACAUUUAAUAUACAACCAAUAAUGAUGUGUUUAUAUGUUUUCACUAU